AUGAUCGGUUUCACCAUUGGCCACGAACUAGCUCACAUCCAACGCUUAGAAUUCAAAAUGUUUGAUAUUUUUGCCUCGCCUUUCUGGUUGUUUCUGACAUAUAAAAUGAUCCGUUUUGUCCAUUAUAGAACUUUUAAAAAGCAAGCCAUGUGGAACUUCCUUCUUAAUCUAAGCGUUUGUGGAGUCAACUACUUUGCUUACAGACUUGUGAAUCGAAAGGUACAUCACUUUAGUGAAUUCAAUGCAGACAAAAUUUCUGCUGAGUGUACUCCGCAGUUGGCUAAAGGUGGAGUAGACUUUUUCACAAGAAGACUGAAACUAAAUCUUGUCCAGCGAAGUUUGCUUGGAGAAGAAGGUGAAGAAUUUUUUACAGAAGAUGGCAAUGAAGUGAAAUCCUACACACAUCCACAGUUGACUGACAGACUGGAUAAAGUAAAAUUCAUCCUUAGUAGUUCUGACUUCCAACUGGACUUGCGUUAGGUAAGGUGAUAGGCUGGUUGAUAGUUACAUAUUACACUCAAUGGUGACGUUUACUCUUGAUAAUGAUUUUGUGCCAUCGGGAUGGUAAAUAAAAGGUUAAUUUAAAGGUGGGUGAAAAAGUGAGGGUUUAGAAUUUGAUGAGGGGUGUCCCAUUUAAAAAGACAUUUACUAACUACCUUCCUAGCCAGUGCCCAGAAACAGGUUUGAGAAGGAAACUGCAGAUAACAGUUGAUAUUUCCCUAAGGUGUCAUGUAAUCUGAACUUGCAUGUAGUAAAAGACAAUAUAGUGUGAGCAUUACAGCUGUUGGUCUACUGUAAAAUAGGGUCACAAAAAUUUCUGCUGAACGAAGUUUAACACAGGUUUUAAAAGUUUGGAAGUCCCAGUAGCACCUUGCCACCAAAAUUUGCACAGAGGUAAAAUACCCUACAUCACCUCGGAUGGAGCUAAGGAAAAGCUAAGCAUGCUUUUUUAUCAGUCAAGCCAGAGUUCUUUCUUAACUGCACCUUCAGAAUUACCUGUUGUUGUUUUCUAAAGUAAUUUAAUCUCUAUUCCAGUGGCUGAAAUUAGCCAGCAACUGGCUCUUAGUUAUAGCCUCCAGCCCACACAGAUGUUCUCGGGGCUUUACCACAUAUAAAUAAUUAUUAUUUUUAUUAAAAUUGAAUUAAUUUUGAGGUGACACCUUGUUAGUUUGGAAGUUUAAUAUGCACUGUCUACAAAAGGUUUCAUUAGUUAAAGCCAUAUUAUAACUAUUAGCAUAUAGGAAAAAUGGUGGCUGUUAAAUUAUGUCUAAUUUGAUUCACUGAAGAGUGAAAGAAAUCCCAUGUCCUUGGAGAAUUUUUUGCAUUAAUUGCUGUGGGAUCUAUGGGAAACAUUUGAUAUCCUUUUCUAUUAGCUAAUAAUUGGCUUCUGAUCAUGCUCAGUUGGCAUUUCAAUCACAAACACAGCUGUUUGUUGAUAAGAAAUUACCUACCUUGUAAAUAAGACAUGCUUAGGGGUUGGCGGCGCAUUCUCUUAAGGAGACAUAAGCAGGGAAAGGCCACAAGGCUGUCAGGGGCACCCAAUGUCAAUUUUCGGAAAAUAUCUGUUCGGAAGAUGAUUUGAGAUCUAGAAUUUUCCGAACAUUUUUUGUAAAAUUUCUUGCUUGCCUACCUCUCCUAGGAUUUUCGAACAUCUAAAAAAUGGUAUAAUUGCCCAUUUUUAACGGAUUUUUACCCUAAGAAGGUCACCUAGAAUUUUCGGGAGCUUUUUUUCUGGCUGAAAUUUUUGAAAAGGUAAGUUUUGAUCCCUAUAAUUUUCUGAUCACUAGACUUUCAGCUACGAAAUCCGAACAGAUGAAAAAUUUUUAGGGGAUAAAAAUAUGCCGAUAUCUACCGUUUAAAUACUAAAAUACGUUUAACAAUGCUAUGUUUAAGUGGUUUUGAACUAUAUUCUCGUUGGGUGCCCCUGGGCUGUGUGCUUUAACUUUAUUGAAUUUGCCACAGUGACAGGGGAUGAAAGAGGACUUACAUCCCAAUUGCUUUUGAAAGGGUAUACCACACCUCCAUGGUCUAUGCCCACUACUCUUUGCAACCAACCUUUGACAUGUAAAAAAACAGAUGUAAACUUAUUUAUUUAUUUAUUAUUUAUUUUAUUUGCCAUACAAUAAUUACAAAAAAUGUAGGAAAAGAAGAAAAAAAGAAGUGGCGAGGAGACCUAACAGAAACUAUAGGAGCUUAUGAGAGGUUAGGCCUCCUCAAACUAUGAGAUAGAGCUGUUUCACAUCAUUUUAAGAAAAGAAGGGGAAAAGUCGAAGAUGGAAAGACUUAUGAACUGUUUUCAUACUUAGUCAAUAAUUUAAUCUUCAGUUUUUUCUUAAAAGAGGAGAAGGAUUGAGAGUUGAUGACCUUGUUGUCAAGUGAAUUAAAAAACUUAGGCCCUUGAAAAAAGGGCGAGAACUUCUUCGUAACUUAAGUUACCUGUGUUAUUGUAUCUAAUUUUCUAAUUCUGUUAUUGCUCUUUCUUGACUGCAAAAUAUUGGUCAGUCAAGGUAUUCAUCUCAAAUAAAAAAUGAAAUAUUCGUGACGUUGUUAAGACUGUCAAGGGAAACCCCCAAUAGGUGUUAUUAAAAACCAUUUAAACAUGGAAUUUAUAAUCAACCAAUCAAAAUCACUAUUCACCUCCUAAGCGAGGCAGAAGCUAAUUUCUUGGGUUUUUAAAAAAUAGAGACAGGUGCAUAUUACGCUAAAGACGAUUUUUUUUACAUCUUUAUCAACAGGAAAUCGAGAAAAAAUGGAUUAAUAAUAACGAACAGGAAUUUAUCAUAAAAUGCCAAUAAUUUAUUCCAUGGUUAGAAUUGCGCUAUAUUUAAAGUGAACACAUUCAACGAAUUUGUUUGCAGUAUACACUCUAAGUUUAAGCUUUUACAAUCUAAAAUACAUUUUGCCAAGUCGACCAACCUCAGGAGGAAGCUAUUUUCCUUUUAAGGCUCUUUUGAUAUCACGCUUAAAGAAAGCGUAUGCCAAAGGGUUUAUUGCAGAGUUCAGAACUAUCAUAGGUAUUUUGUACGCAAAGUCACUUUUACACGAAAGGUGUAGUUGAGUUGUAUGGUUUCCUAAAACUUUAAUUUGAAGAAAGCUACAUCGCAAGUAAGUUGCGAAACAAGCUAGAGCGAAGCCUACCACAACUGCCAACAUCACAACUGCUGAUUUGUCAUAUGCGUUGAAUAUCAAACCUCGGUGGUUGAAACGUAACUGUUUUGCUAAGAUGGCUGAUAAUCGAGUUUGCUUGUAUACAACUGUUAACAUGGAAAUAAAACAGAAGCUUAACAUGCAGAUGAAGAAAAUCUCGAGGAUCGCAAACUGUACGGCUAAGAGCAUCGAACAUAUCGAAAAUGUUAAAUAUAAAGUCAUGAAAAGAGACCAAAUUGCAAGACCAAGAGGAAUCACCCAAGAAAUAAAUGUUAGAUGGGUUACUCGUCGCGCAGUCAUGAAGGUGACGUAUUUCAGUGGCUUUACAAUAGCCAUAUACCGAUCUAGUACGAGGCUGCACAGGUUCAUUAUAGAGGCGUACUGAAAGAGCCGCCUUAUGAAUUCCACCCAGGACGCAUAGGUUUGAGGCCAAUCGCAGCCACCUCUGAUGUGACAGACGAACAGUGAAGGAACAACGAACGCCCCAACACAGAAAUCCGCCACCGCAAGUGAAAAGAUGAACGCGUUGGUUUUGGUGCGAAGCCGACGCCGACUGCCCACAAGAAGUACGGUGAAACCAUUUCCAGCCAUCGUCAGAAUGGACAGAAUCCAGCCAAGAAUCCAAAACCAAGUUCCCAUUUUAUAUUCGGUACAGAGCGUUAGCUGGGCGGUCAAGUUUAUGUCUUUGAAAGAAGCCGGUUUGGUUAUUUUAUAAACAUCUGGUAACGUUUGCCCCUUAUCUGACGAACAUUAUACAUCAAUCAAUCAAUCAAUCAAUCAAUCAAUUAAUCAUUUAUUUUAAGACGUUACGUCAAAGAGCUAAAAAACUCGUUCAAAAUACGAACGUAUAUGAAUAAAAUCUAUAAUAAUUACGGCUAUGUUAUAAUAUUAUUCAAUUUUAAAAACAACUCAAUAAAUAUAUACAUAUAAAAAACUUGGUAAUUAAAACAUAAAAUAUAAAAAGCUAAAACCGACUAAAAAGUCACAUACUUAAAACGUGACUAGGAAACUAUAAUACUCGUUCUAAAUAGCUACAAUCGUGCACUUUACUGCUGAAGUCAUUAGUAUCACUUGAAAGACGCACUUGAGAAGGCGAGCUGUUCCAUAACAUAGUUAAUAAAUAAGUGAAAGAAUUCUUCUUAAAUGUAAGAUUAAAGUUAGGUAAUUCCAAAUUCAAGCCCUCGCCUCUUAGCCUAUACGGUGUAUGCCUGUAUUUAAAAAGGCUUCCAAUAUAAGUAGGUCCUGUACCAUUUAAGCAUUAAAAAAGAACAAGUAUUAACGCCUGGUGUAAGCGCCUACAAUAUAAGGAUGUCAUAUAUAGUACGUCAAUUUAUUAUUGCUACGUUGAUUGCAGGACAGCAAAAGCGUUUAGACCAAUAAGAAAGGUCGUUUUCAACUACGUUCUUACUUACAUUUAAUGAAACUUCCGCUCAACUCAACUAAAAACAAUUUUCUGGAGACGUAAGGCUCCUAUUAUCAAAUGCAAUAAGACGCUCUGUCGCUCUGUCUUAUUUUGGCUUGAUUCAUCUGUAACAACCGAUAUUAAUUGUAGUAAUCAAAAAACUAAUAAAUAGAGCGAAUUAAACUUUGUUGGAUGUCAACAAAUAAAUCAACGUUUAAUAAGCAAAGUGUGGAAAUUCCCUUCCUUUUUUGGCUUCAGACGUCAUUAGAUGGCAUUCAUUUAAUAAAACAAUUUAUAUAAACAUUAAUGAAUUACCAGGUGAGCUUUCGCGCGAAACCUUGAUAUCUUCACAUGUGAAAAUAACAUGUUAUCUUCACAUGUGAAAAUAUCACCGUUGCUAUGGCUUCAUAAUAAAUUGCGCCUUUCACACCAAAAAACUAUAGAAAGUGAAAUGGUUUGGUAGUUCAUUGGUGUUUAUAUAAUAAGCGUGAGCCAGAGGAUUUAUGGCCGAGUUUAGAACAAACAAUGGUAUUUUAUAUUUGAAGCCAUUUUUACACGAACGGUGAGUUGUAUGGUUUCCCCAAAUCUGAACAAACGCACAUCGCAAGUAAAUUGCGCAACAAGCUAGAGCAUGCAGCUGAAGAAAAUCUCGAGGAGCGCAGAGAAUACCCUUACGACUAUUCUACAUGAAGAAAAUGUUAGAUACAAAACCAUGACGAGGGCAAAAAUUACAAGACAAAGAGGGAUAACAGAAGAAAUUGAUGUAAGUUGACACAUCGCGCAGUCAUGAUGGCGACUUUUUUUAGUGGCUUCACAACAGCCAUAUACUGAUCAAGUGCUAAGCUGCACAAGUUCAUUAUAGAGGCGUACGCAAAGAGCUACCUUAUAAAAUCCACCCAGGACGCAUAGGGUCGAGGCCAGUUGCAGCCACCCCUAAUGUGACAAAAGAACAGUGAAGGAACAACGAACGCCCCAACACAGACAUCCGCCACUGAAAGUGAAACGAUGACGGCGUUGGUUUUGGUGCGAAGCUGUCGUCGACAGCUCACCAGAAGCACAAUGAAUCCAUUUCCAGUUAUCGUCAGAAUGGACAGAAUUCAGCCAAGAAUCCAAAACCACGAUUCCAUUUUAUUAUCGGUACAGAUCUUUAGCUGAAAGAAGUACGUUGAGUUCCUUGAAAGAAACGUAUGACAACUUAAAUCUAUUAAAGGGACAGUGUCCCGAUUAUGCGCACGCGCGAGCGUCAUCUGUUUUUUCUUCAAAAGACAAUAGAACUGUCAAAUUGACUCGACAAGAUUUCCUUCCGGACCACAACGCCGACAGAGAUUUCAGGGGCACCCAACGAGGAUAUAGUUCAAAACCACUUAACAAAGCAUUGUUGAACGUAUUUUAGUAUUUAAACAGUAGAUAUAGGCAUAUUUUUGUCCCCUAAAAACUUUUCAUCUGUUCGGAUUUCCUAGCUGAAAGUCUAGUGAUCCGAAAAUUGUAGGGAUCAAAACUUACCUUUUCGAAAACUUCAGCCAGGAAAAGGCUCCCGAAAAUUCUAGGUGGCCUUUUUUUAGGGUAAAAAUCCGUUAAAAAUGGGUAAUUAUACCAUUUUGUAGAUGUUCGAAAAUCUUAGGAGAGGCAGGCAAGCAAGAAAUUUUACAAGAAAUGUUCCGAAAAUUCUAGAUCUGAAAUUGUCUUCCGAACAGAUAUUUUCCGAAAAUUGUCGUUGGGUGCCCCGAGAUUUGUUGUUCAUAUUCUCAAGUAAUAUUUUAGACUUUCGAAGAAGUCUUUCGUCUUAUAUAAAAAUUUGGCUCGCGGUUCGAAGACUCAUCGCGAUUUUAUCGCUAGCUGGGCCGCCUCGCGACCCGAAAAUCUCGUUCCGCUCGCUUUAAAAACAUAUUUUCUAAUUUGAAACUUGUGUCAGAGGUCAAUCGCUCAAAGUCCAGUAAUAUCUGCCUGAUUUGUUCGCGUUCUAGCCUCAAACGUUUGAGAGACAUAAAUAAAAAUGCAAUCUCAACGCUAUGAAUCAUCACAAAGGUUAGUCAAGAAUGAUUUUAUGAUUCAUGUCACUAGUUUUUCAAAACGUGUAGCGCCUGUUUGUUCGAUUUUGUCGGCCGUAGGGAGAUUCAUUUAAAAGUUUACUAACGCGUCGUUGCAAAACAUUCUGCUUCACGAAGCUCCCCUCCACAAGAUCUCCUCAGUCACAUCAAUGUCUCAACGGUUUCUUUCUUACAGUCUUAAUUGUUGCUGUUUCAUUUCUGCGUAUUCCUUUCACAAUUAACUGAGCUUGUAUGGAAGCUAGCAGAAGAAAUAAGCCUUCAAUCGGCAUCAAAGUGCUUCCAAUCUUUUGGUCCUCCGGCCAACGGCAAUAAAAGUAACACCAAAAAAUCCAGAUUUUGCCCAAAUAGAAACUUAACAGGAACAAUAUAUCAUUGAUCUAUAAUCCUGAGAAGUUUUAGUGUCGUAUUGAACCCGGCCAAGCGCGAUGCAAACGGAUUUUUCAAGAUUCUCUUACUGUCCUCGCAUCUUUUGAUUUCGCGACAUCCUGUCCAAAAAUCAAAGUUUGGUGCAUGCGCAGUAACGGGAUACUGUUCCUUUAACAUCUGCAACAACUGCGGCGUCUUCAGCUUCUUAUCAUGCGAGCAUAAUAAGCGUAUACGUCAAUUUAUGAUUGCUAAGUUGAAACCAAUUAGAAGGUUGUUUUCAAGAUAUUGUUCUUGAAAUUUAAAUGAAGCUCUUAGCUCAACGAAAGACCAUUUUGUGGAGACUCAGUGUCGCUACCCUUGGCAAUUAACGCUCCGGCAUCCUUUUCUAUUUUAUAAUGGACCACUCGUUGAUAAUUCUUGUAUCAUAUAAUUCUUAAUUCUUAUAUAAUAAUUCUUAUAUUAACUGAAGAAAAAAAACGAACAAAAUAAGCGAUUAAAUUUCUGUUGAUGACAAAAAAUUCAAGCAACUUUUAUGCAAAGCUUGGAAUUUCGAAUCCGCUUACUAUUCUGGCUGGUGACGACAUUUAAAUGAUAUCAGUAGGAACUAAUUUUGUUUAGAUUAUUGAUAAUACAGAGAAAUCAUGUGAACUUUCUGAAUUCUGUAUUAGGAAAAAAAAAGGUAAAGGUGGCUUCUCUUUUCUCAAAGGAGAAAACUCACUAAUGAAAUGAGCGAAUAACUUUUGUUGAUGACAAUAAGUCACUCAACGUUUAUGCAAAGCAUCGAAUCCUAAAUCCCCUUUCUCUUUCGGCUGGUAACGUCAUAACAUAAUUAUAUUUCCACUAGUGAUAGUAGUACCCAGAAAGCGAAUGUACUGAAUUCUGUAUUUGAAGAAAGAACUAAACUAGACAAAGCUGGCUUAUCUUAUAUCUUAAUUUUUGUUGUUUGUUUCAUUACUGUUAGGCGAUUGGGAAGGGAUCAGGAUAUCUUAAAAAACUAAUUCCUAAACCUAGCUACCGAUAUAAUAGGAUUUUGAGUGAUUCGUCUAUGUCACAAUGGCAUAUCUUGAAAAAACGUAGUCUUAUGUUGUUUGAGUUCCAGUCGAUUCAAAGGUAGAAACACUCUAUUUUCUAACAGUUAAAAUGGUCUAAAACGGAACAUGAAAUGUAUUUACUAUCACGUGCAAUUUCUUGUUAGUUUCCGAUUCAUAUCAGCACCACAUAAGUCUGUUUUCCUAAUGACUUAUCUCAGUGGUAAUAUUAUGAUAAUUAUCCUUCCGAAGGUUCUUCUCUUCAGACAAUAUUUACACAUUUGUCUUUUUCUCUCUUUGUUUACGUCCCUUUGUAAAAGGCAUAAGCCGCUGGGUUAAUGGCAUCGUUUAAAACCAACAUCGGUAUAGGAGUCGUCUCUUCAUUGAUUCUAUGUGGAAAAGAUUAACUAAUACUACAUCGCAAAUAUAUUCCACAGCAAAUUAGAAAAAAUCCCGCGACAAUUGGGCGCCAUCUUUGCGAAUGCCGAUUUGUCGUGCUUGUUAAUUGUCAAUCCUCUCAGCUGUUUUGCCACCAUUCCUACUGAUCGGUCUUGUUCGUAUACAACAAUUGCUAUUUAGAAAAUAGCUCAAAUAGGAUAGGUAACGGGCUUACUAGUUAUUUGAACGUAUGGCGCCACUGAAUGUGAUUACAGAAGUACGAGAGUCGUCACAAGGCAAAAAGAGAUCGCCUAAGAAAAAAAAUAUCGUAUGAAAAACGCGACGACCUGCAGUUAUGCAAGUUGAAUAUUUCAAAGGCUUCCCAAAGGCGAUGUACCUAUCCAAUACCAAACUACAAAAGUUCGUCAGAGAGGCGUAGCUAAACAGCAGUCUUAUAAAAAAUUGCCCCUAAAUAUCCCCACUGGAACCUAAUUUAACAUCGUAUACGAACAUGUUGGGAAUAACUCCCCAAACAGACAGAUCUGCCACUGCAACUGAAUUUAUAAACCAGUUCGUUUUGAUGCGGAGCUGUCGUCUGGCUGUAGUUGAAGGGGGCUGUUGUACAGAAACUUUGGACCCGUCCGGUGUGCCUCGCGCGUGCUCUCUCUACUUGCUUCUAUUGAUCAUGUAGCUAAAUCUGCAGGGUUCAGAUUGGUACGGCAACGUACUUCCAUUGAUGUGGAGCUGACGACCUACGAAUGCGUUCUACGCGGUUGCUAACAUAUACAUAGAAUCGACGGGAUUCAUUUGUGAUGUUACCCAGUAUGAAUUUGCUGUCCGAGUAGUAGGUCACCGAAUCCGGUUUUGUUCGAGUUCUCUGUGGACAAGCUCAGUCAUCUCAACCCUCAGAACGGCUGCCCAAAGUUCUAAGCAAGGUAUUGUUGUGGCAUGGGCUGCUGUCAACUUGGCUUUUCCGAGCCCAAAUGUUACUUGAAUCUCGCUGGUGUUGUUGACAAUUCUUAGGUUUACGUAGGAUACUGCGCUGCUUGCCAUUUCGGAGGCAUCGCAGAAUGUAUGCAUUUCCAUGCGAGCGGAACAUUUUCACGCCUCUGUACCGUAAGAGCGGGGAAACUUGAUAUCUUCUAGAUGUCGAAGAGAAUGACACUCAGUAUUCUUUCCAUUCAGCCUCCCGUUUUGCAGCUAGAGGGUAGUCCCAGGCAUUCGGGUACGAGGCGCUAAAUUCAGUACUCAGUGAUCUGAGUAAGCGUUUUCCUUUAAUGAUGACCGGUGCUGCAAGCCCCAGGGGAUCAGAGAGGCUGUUGGUAACCUACACAACUCCUUGUCGUGUAAAUGGUUUUCUUCUAGCAGCACUUAGAAGGUGAAAGGAUCUGACUUUAAGUCCCUGUACACUCCUAAUGAUUGCUGUAUGAAAACUGGGCGUUUGUUGAAGUCUAGGUUGUGGAGGCCACUUGCAUGAUCGUCAGGUGGGAAGGCUUCCAUUACUUCAGCGUGACUUGGGGCAAUUUUGGGAUGGCGAAAGUUUGCGGUGGCUAGUAUGGCUUGAAUGCGACGUAGCAAAUCUAUUGGCAUGGUUGAAUCCGGAGCGGAAUGGAGGCCAUCGUCUACGUAAAAAAAUUCUUUACGAACGACUUUGCGUCUGAACGGAACUUGGCUUCUCCUACCUCAAAAGUCUUACGUAGGGCGUAGUUAGCUACUGCCGUGGUGACGAAGUGUUCCCGAAGAUAUGGACUUUCAUUCUGUACUCCGUUAUCACGCCGUUUGGGUCUUUAUCCUUGUAUCACAGAAACCGUAGAAAGUCUCUGUAUUCCUCCUUGAGUGAACAUUUGCUCAAUGUCGGCUACCAAAAACGUAACAGCACCCCAAGAAGGUUGUUAGUGAGGUCAGGACCCGACAACAACAGCUUGUUAAGAGACACCCCGUUAGAUUCGGCAGCUGCAUCGAAGACUACAUGUAUUUUGUCCUUCUUUUUAGGGUGAUAUAAGCCGAAGAGAGGCAGGUACCAUCAAAGUUUCUCUGGUCUCAGAUUUUCCUCCGGAACGAUUUCAGCAUGAUCGGGAUCGAAAAUCUUCUGCAUGAAAGUAAAAUACUGUUUCUUCAUUACUGGGUUUUUAUCUAGUGUUCGACGUGUAGACUUAGGGCGUUUCAUAGCAUUCGCUCGGCUACUGGGAAGAUCCGCUUGACUUCCUGUCGGAAGAGCAGUGGAGCUUCCCAGCUUAAUUCUGUUUUCAUUCUUUUUCAUACCAUCCUCUAUGAUCUGAUCUGAUCUAGGCCACAGUCUCCUCAAAGGAAAACUUCAUGCAGAAGACUACACUCAUCCAAAGUUACUGGACAGCUUAAGGAAAGUGGAAGUUAUUGUGGAUCAGAUGAUGAAAGGUGCUUUAUAUUAAUCAAAGGGUGCCAGAGGCUAAGUUGUGGAUUAUUAAUUACUGUAUUUUAGAAAUAAAAGCUGAUAAUGAACCUGCAAUUAGUCUAUCGGUAUAUUUUAAGUCUGUCUAAAAAUGAAAAUGGGGCUUUACGAGAAAAAAAAAGUCUCCAACGGUGAGAGUCGAAUCCCGGACUUCCGACGUUUAAGGUCAACGUGCGGCAACGUGUCAUCUAUUGCGCCACGACAACCAAUAUUGAUUACCCUCGUUAAAUUAAUCAUCUUUAACACUUUUGCCCAUGAAAUUCUGCCGGUCGACGCUGUUUGAAGCUGGUAGAGCUUUAUUUAUGGAGAAUUGUAAGAUAUAUUUGAGAACAAUAAGCAUGGUUUUGACAGUUAAAGCCGUAUUGAAGACCAUAUGGCGGACACGUGUCUCUCAAAAUGGUUGCGAAGUCUCUUGCAGCUUGCGAUUCCUGGCAAUUUCAUGAGGAGAAUCAAUUAUGAUUCAACAACAGUAAACAUUUCCGUUUUUAUUGAACAAACAAACAUUUCAUUUGAGAAUGAUAUAUUUCACUGAAAACCAUGAGAUUGGGAGUGUACGUUGUCGUGAGAAAAGUUAAAAAAUCGUGAGACUCAGGGCAGAAUCGUGAGCUUGGACCAGCAAUUGGGAGUCGAAGAGCAAUUUUUUAUUGCUGAUCUUCCCGGCAUCAUGUUUAUUACCUGGACGAGUGACUGUGGUCCUGUGACUCCUGUGAAAUGUACAAAAUCAGCACAUCGUGGAAUGGGAACGAUCUAUGACAGUUGCCGUUUUGAUAUCGGGCGCUUUCGUGCAGAGCCGACUGAUUUACGAAAGGUGUCUACAUCUGAGUGACACAUUUGCGUAUCGCAGUGCCCACAAUAACUUGUUCCUUACGCUACGCGUAAUCCACAUGGUAAAAACUGUAUAGAUCAAUGAAUUCAUAAAUAUAUUAAAGAGUACUAAACUUACCUUUUCUAAUAAGCCAACCCCACCCCCCACCCCCUUCCAGGCUUCCCCAAAACAUUUAACCCAUUUACCGCUAGACGAGUGGUUUUCUUGUAACUGAUGUGCUAUAAGGAGCUAAAACUUACCAUAAAGCCGUUUACAGGUCGUACACUUUGCAUAGCUUGUGAAGUUCGGGCAUACGCAGAAAGCAUAAUUUCUAGAUAGUUUUUUUAGUUCAGUUGCCUCUAGUGUUUUGCAUUAUGACUCUUGCAUGAACAAAAAAAUGUUUUGAGAGAUCCUUUGUUGACAAAAUAAAGUAGUGCAUUCAAAAUCAUUUCUUUUACAUUCUAACUUGUUUGAUUUAAUUGCUUUUCAGAGAAUGAUAAACAGUAUCAAGUUAACUGAGUGGCAGCAUGGAUUAUUUUUCACAAGAAAAGGAUGCAUUGUCAUAGAGGAUUUUUAUUGUUAAGAUAAAUGUUGGCAAAAGUUCUAAUUUCCUUCCCCAUAGUUAAAUAGAAAUUGCCAACUUACUUCCAGCUUUGACAAAAACAAUCUGUCUGUCUCUUUGGCUACAGCAUAUAACAUUUACUGGCAAUUUAAAACCUGUAAGUGCAUUAUACACUGUAGCUGGGUAAGGGCAGUGUUCAUCAGCAGCCAUAUCAGGGAAUCAUUUACCUGCUUGCAGCCGCAUUUUUCAGAAUUUUGCUGACCCACUGCUGAUAGGUUGGGUGAUUCCUAGCGUCCAUCAAAGUUGUAAUCUAACCCCAGUUAGAUACUUCAGUAAAGCAGCACCAUUAUCUUUGUUCUGGGCCCCAAAGGGACUCAACAAAUUACUGGAAAUGUGUUUUGCUUUCUCUUCAAACUGAUUGGCAAAUUGACAGUGGCAAUUUUUUUUACAGGCUAAUCAUGACACAUACUCAAAUCCUGGUACACAGAGGGAGCCCCAGAGCGACGAUUUUGGCGCUGUUUCAGAGACAGACUUAAUCAGAGGUUUAGUUUCAUCCAUGGUGCUGGCUAGGUGAUCCCGGGUUACAAAAAGUUGAAAAAAGACUAAAAAUCAGAGCACUCAUAGUGCUAACAUGAUCUGAAGGCCAUUAAGGGUUGAUGGUGCUUGGGACAUACAGUACUUUUAUUUUGUUUCUGUGUCUACAGUUGAACCUUCAUUAAGCAGCCACCCUCGGGGUGUGAAGUGCCCACUUAAUGGAGGCUGGCUACUCAGUAGAGGUCCGUCUUAAAUUAGCAUCACAGCAUAAUCUUUAGUAGAAACGUCACUUUAUUUUGAAACAACUACAAAGGGAGCAGCAUUACUGGUCCACAAUCCGUUGUCACCUAUUUUGGACUGAAUCCGCCGUACGGAAAAGAUGGCGGCUACACAUUUUACCACAAUUCCUUUCGAACCUAACACGGCCAAUUACACAUAAAGUCAUAUAUAUAUAUUUUUGGUUGGGGGGGGGGGGGAAUUCGUUUCUGUAAUAGCAACAUUGCCUAUCCUAGGUUUGAAGUUUAUAAAACUUUUCUGUGCAUUUUUAUGAGCAAUUUUAUGGUUUUCAUGCGCUAAGAACUGUGGGUAAAUGAACCAGUCGCCAUCUUUCUAGGUACGGUGGAUUAUUUUCCCUUUAUCAUAUUCUUGAAAUAAAGCCAGACUAAGUGUAUCAAGUGCUUGAUGGCUGCGUAAUAGAGGUGACAACAGUGGGAGAACUCUUGUUGGGACAGCCAAAAGGGGGAGGUUCAACUAGCAGUACAACUUGUUCCUGCCUGAUCUACACGUAUAAGUACGGCAAUGACUUGUGUACUUCUGCUCUGAUAUAACAUGUUUAUUAGCUUUUAUUUACUAUAAAUAAAUAAAUAAACAAACAAAUAAAGAAAUAGUCUCAGCAGUGCUUUUAGAAAAAUUGAUGGAAGCCCAGUGUUUUUAACCUGUAACAUUAAGGUUGCCCAGCAUAUCAUUUUGAUGACAAAACUAUGAUAUCUUAGUUGCCCAAGCGAGAGCAGGCCCAUAGACCCCUUCAUGGUUGUAACGGCAUGAUGGGUAAUCAGGACAAGAUGGUCGGAAAAUCAAAAGUUUGUUUCGGAAUACAAAAUCAACUAAUCCUUGCUUAUUGAAUAUAUUUGUCACUUUCCCCUUGAAAAAUGUAACUUAAAGAAACUACACACUAAAUCUGGAGUGUACAGCAGUCCUUUGUUGUGUUGUAGUAAAGUUGAGUUCUUCCAUACAUUUUCUGUUAUCCGACGACACGAAAAAGCGACAAAGGACUGCUUUGCUCUCCACAUCUAGUGUAUAGUUUCUUUAAGUUCAUUAGUUAAAGUUUGCAAAGAGAAAGUGACGAAUAUAUUCAAUUAGGAAAAAGUAGUUGACUUUGAAUUCCCAUACAAACUUUUGACUUCCCAGCGUUACCCAGCAUGCUCUCACCACCGUGAAGAGGUCUAAGUCGUUGCCAGGGGCCACUGAGCACUGCUAGAGCACAGCCUUCUGAUGAGUUGGCCUCCUAGAAGCAAGGAAACAGCAAUUUAUUAACACAGCAAUACCGACCUAAUGACUGGGCGGCUUGUGAGAUAUCGUCCAGAAGGAUCUGGGGCUGAGGUCAAAACUAAGCACCAGGCCUUGUCAUUUACUAAAUCUAAUAUGGCGGAUAAAAUAGUCCGUGUUUGUAUUCGUCUUGGAUUUGUGAUAAAUGCUUCUGGGGAGUUAUUUCCCCAUCAGGCUUGUAAGCAAGUUAACGCUCUAAAAGAUGAAAAUGGCAUCCUGGUAGAUGUUCCUGAGACAUGCCGCGAACAGUUUAAAGAAGUAGCCGUGAAACUAGGUUUGAAGAACAGUGCACAGAAAGUGACCUUAUUUGUGAAUGAAGGUUUUCAUGCUGUGUCUGCCGGUUCGACAUGGUUUCCUGCGGGAGCAGUGAUAGGUUUGCCAAGGUGGUAUUUGUAUCAAACUGAAGAAGAAGUUGCAACUUCCGGUCUGAAAUUCCAAGGAAGAAAUAUCCAGUGGGAUUCAAAACUCGGAGAAACUGUGAAAUUUUGUUAUGUUCCAACGAAAGAUAUGAUCGCUUUCACCAUUGGUCACGAACUAGCUCACAUCCAACGGUUAGACUUCAAAAUGUUUGAUAUUUUUGCCUCGCCUUUCUGGUUGUUUCUGACAUAUAAAAUGGUCAGUUUUCUCCAUUACAGAACAUUUAAAAAGAAAGCCAUGUGGAACUUACUACUUAAUCUAAGCGUUUGUGGAGUCAACUACUUUGCUCGGACUUGUGAAUCGAAAGGUACAACACUUAAGUGA